AUGGGUGAUGCUCUCAUGGCCGAGUUUGGGAAGGCUGCUCACUUUCUGAGGAAGUCGGACAAGGAGCGCCUGGAAGCCCAGACCAGAGCUUUUGACAUCAAGACCGAGUGCUUCGUGGUUGAUGACAAAGUGGAAUAUGUCAAGGGGCAGAUCCAAAGCAAAGAGGGGGGAAAGGUGAUCGUAAAGAGGGAGGACCAGACUAUCGUGACCGUCAAGGAGGUGGACGUCCAUCCCCAGAACCCGCCAAAAUACGAUAAAAUCGAAGACAUGGCCAUGUUCACCUUCCUCCACGAGCCAGCUGUGCUGUUUAACCUCAAAGAGCGUUACGCAGCCUGGAUGAUCUACACCUACUCAGGGCUGUUCUGUGUGACAGUGAACCCAUACAAGUGGCUUCCUGUCUAUGACUCUGAGGUGGUGUCUGCCUACAGGGGGAAGAAGAGGACUGAAGCCCCCCCUCACAUCUUCUCCAUCUCAGACAACGCCUACCAGUAUAUGCUUACUGAUCGGGAGAACCAGUCUGUUCUUAUCACCGGAGAAUCCGGUGCUGGGAAGACUGUCAACACUAAGAGAGUCAUCCAGUACUUUGCCAGCAUUGCAGCAGUUAGUGGGGUUAAGAGGGAUCCAAGCAAGGGCACCCUGGAAGAUCAAAUCAUCCAGGCUAACCCUGCACUGGAGGCUUUCGGUAAUGCCAAAACACUGAGAAAUGACAACUCAUCACGUUUCGGCAAAUUCAUCCGUAUUCACUUCGGGACCAGUGGGAAACUGUCCUCUGCCGACGUAGAGACUUACCUUCUUGAGAAGUCCCGUAUCACCUUUCAGCUCAAAGCUGAGAGGAACUACCAUAUUUUCUUCCAGAUAUUGUCCAAUCAAAAGCCAGAGCUGUUGGACAUGCUGUUAAUCACCAACAAUCCAUAUGACUACUCCUACAUCUCUCAAGGAGAGGUAACAGUAGCAUCCAUCAAUGAUUCUGAGGAACUGAUGGCCACUGACAGUGCCUUCGAUGUACUCGGCUUUACUGCAGAGGAGAAACAGGGGGUCUACAAGUUGACAGGUGCCAUCAUGCACUACGGCAACAUGAGGUUCAAACAAAAGCAGCGGGAAGAGCAGGCAGAGCCUGACGGUACAGAGGCUGCUGACAAGUCAGCUUACCUAAUGGGGAUCAACUCUGCAGAUCUGAUUAAAGGACUUUGCCAUCCCAGAGUCAAGGUUGGCAAUGAGUAUGUCACCAAAGGUCAAGGUGUAGAUCAGGUCUACUACUCCCUCGGUGCAUUGGCUAAGUCAGUGUAUGAAAAGAUGUUCAACUGGAUGGUGGUGAGAAUCAACCACUCCCUUGACACAAAACAGGCUCGCCAGCAUUUCAUAGGCGUACUGGACAUUGCUGGUUUCGAGAUCUUUGACUUCAACACCUUUGAACAGCUCUGCAUCAACUUCACAAAUGAGAGACUGCAACAGUUCUUCAAUCAUCACAUGUUUGUGCUCGAGCAAGAGGAGUACAAAAAGGAGGGCAUUGACUGGGAGUUCAUCGACUUUGGGAUGGACUUGCAAGCUUGCAUUGACCUCAUUGAAAAGCCACUUGGGAUCAUGUCAAUUCUAGAGGAAGAGUGCAUGUUCCCCAAGGCCAGUGACCAGACCUUUAAGGCUAAGCUAUAUGACAACCAUUUGGGCAAGAAUAGAAUGUUUCAGAAGCCAAUUCCAGGUAAGGGCAAGGCAGAGGCACACUUUGCCCUGCUCCACUAUGCUGGCACUGUUGAUUACAAUAUUUCUGGCUGGCUGGUGAAGAACAAAGAUCCAUUGAAUGAAACAGUGUGUGGUCUUUACGCAAAAUCCUCCCUCAAGCUGUUGAGUCAUCUUUUUGCCAUCAUAGCAACGGAGGGAGGUGACAAAGGUGGUGGAAAAGGAGCCAAAAAGAAAGGGUCUGCUUUCCAGACUGUAUCUGCGCUUCACAGGGAAAACCUAAACAAGCUGAUGAGCACCCUGAAAACCACCCAUCCCCACUUUGUCCGCUGCUUAAUCCCAAAUGAGAGCAAAACGCCAGGGAUCAUGGACAAUUGCCUUGUGAUGCACCAGCUUCGCUGUAAUGGUGUGCUGGAGGGCAUUCGAAUCUGCAGAAAGGGCUUCCCAAACAGAGUCCUCUAUGGCGACUUCAAACAGAGAUAUAGAAUCCUGAAUGCAUCCGUCAUUCCUGAGGGCCAAUUUAUUGACUCCAAGAAAGCUGCUGAAAAGCUGCUGGGUUCAUUGGAUAUUGACCACACUCAGUACCGGUUUGGCAACACCAAGGUCUUCUUCAAAGCAGGCUUGCUGGGUACAUUGGAGGAGAUGCGAGACGAGCAACUCUCCCGCAUCAUUACCAUGAUCCAGGCCAAUGCCAGAGCCAUCCUCAUGAGGGCAGAGUACCAGAAGCUUGUGGAACGCAGGGAUGCUCUAAUGGUCAUCCAGUGGAACCUUCGCGCCUUCUUAGGGGUUAAGAACUGGCCCUGGAUGAAGAUGUUCUUCAAAAUCAAGCCACUGCUGAAGAGUGCUGAGUCUGACAAGGAGAUGGCAAACAUAAAGGAUGAGUUCACUAAGCUCAAAGAGGCCUUUGAGAAAUCCGAAGCAAGACGGAAGGAGCUUGAGGAGAAAGUGGUGAGUAUUCUCCAAGAGAAGAAUGACCUGCUCCUACAAUGCCAGUCUGAGCAGGACACACUAACAGAUGCUGAAGAGCGCUGUGAGCAGCUCAUAAAGAGUAAGAUCCAAAUGGAAGCCAAAUUGAAAGAACUGACAGAACGUAUGGAGGAUGAAGAGGAGAUGAAUGCAGAUCUCACAGCAAAGAAACGCAAGCUGGAGGAUGAGUGCUCUGAGUUGAAGAAAGAUAUAGAUGACCUUGAGCUGACAUUAGCCAAGGUAGAGAAAGAGAAACAUGCCACAGAGAACAAGGUGAAGAACCUCACAGAGGAGAUGGCUUCCCAGGAUGAAAACAUCAUGAAGCUGACCAAAGAGAAGAAGGCACUGCAGGAGGCUCAUCAGCAGACACUCGAUGACCUACAGAGUGAGGAGGACAAAGCCAACACCUUGACUAAAGCUAAAGCUAAGCUGGAGCAACAGGUGGAUGACCUUGAGGGCUCCCUGGAACAUGAAAAGAAAGUCAGAAUGGAGCAUGAGCGCUCCAAGAGAAAGCUUGAGGGAGACCUAAAACUGAACCAAGAGAAUUUGAUGGAUUUGGAGAACGACAAACAGCAGCUGGAGGAGAAACUCAAGAAGAAAGAUUUUGAGAUGAGCAGCCUGACUGGAAAGAUUGAGGAUGAGCAGGUGGCUGGAGUUCAGCUCCAGAAGAAACUGAAGGAAAACCAGGCACGAAUCGAAGAGCUUGAAGAGGAGUUGGACGCUGAGCGAGCAGCCCGAGCCAAAGUGGAGAAGCAGCGGUCUGAUCUCUCCCGUGAGCUAGAGGACAUAAGUGAGCGUUUGGAGGAAGCGGGAGGGGCCACAUCUGCCCAGGUGGAGCUCAACAAGAAGAGGGAGAAUGAAUUUCUGAAGCUUCGCAGGGACCUGGAGGAAUCCACGCUUCAACAUGAGGCCACUGCUGCAUCCUUGAGGAAGAAGCAUGCGGACAGUGUGGCCGAACUGGGUGAGCAAAUCGACAACCUCCAGCGUGUCAAGCAGAAGCUAGAGAAAGAGAAGAGUGAGCUGAAGCUGGAGCUAGACGACCUGUCCUCAAAUAUGGAGAGUGUGGUGAAGGCCAAAUCCAACAUGGAGAAGAUGUGCCGAUCGAUGGAAGACAAUAUGAAUGAAUACAAGACCAAGUAUGAGGAGGCCCAGAGGUCCCUCAAUGACUUCUCCUCACAGAGGGCCAGGCUGCUCACUGAAAAUGGAGAGUUGGGACGUCAAUUGGAGGAGAAAGAGUGCCUGAUUUCUCAACUCACCAGGGGCAAGAACUCCUACACCCAGCAGGUGGAGGAUAUGCGCAGGCAGCUCGAGGAGGAGGUCAAGGCAAAGAAUUCACUGGCCCAUGCUGUGCAGUCUUCCCGUCAUGACUGUGACCUGCUCAGAGAACAGUUUGAGGAGGAGCAGGAGGCCAAGGCAGAGCUGCAGAGGGCGUUAUCCAAGGCCAACACUGAAGUGUCCACAUGGAGGGCAAGGUAUGAGACUGAUGGAAUCCAGAAAACUGAGGAGCUGGAGGAAGCUAAAAAGAAGUUAGUCCAACGGCUGCAAGAAGCAGAGGAGGCUGUGGAGGCUGUGAAUGCAAAGUGUUCCUCCCUCGAAAAGACCAAGAGUCGCCUCCAAAAUGAAAUCGAGGACCUGAUGUUGGAUCUUGAAAGAUCUAAUGCAGCAUCUGCAGCUCUGGACAAGAAGCAGAGAACCUUUGACAAAGUCAUGGCUGAGUGGAAGCAGAAGUAUGAGGAGUCACAGUGUGAGCUUGAGGGUUCCCAGAAGGAGGCUCGGUCUCUCAGCACUGAGCUCUUCAAAUUGAAGAAUGCAUAUGAGGAAUCCUUGGAUCACCUGGAGACCAUUCAAAGGGAGAACAAGAACCUGCAGGAGGAGAUCUCUGACAUUACUGAUCAACUUGGUGAGGGAGGGAAAAGCGCCCAUGAAUUGGAGAAACUUCGGAAGCAGCUGGAGCAAGAGAAAGCAGAGCUCCAGUCAGCACUGGAGGAGGCGGAAGGUUCCCUGGAGCACGAAGAGGGCAAGAUCCUUCGGGCACAGCUGGAGUUCAACCAGGUGAAGGCGGAUAUUGAGCGCAAGCUGGCCGAGAAAGAUGAGGAAAUGGAACAGGUUAAGAGAAACUACCAGCGCAUGGUGGAGUCACUGCAGACCUCCCUCGAGUCUGAGACCAGGAGCCGCAACGAGGCCCUGAGAGUCAAGAAGAAGAUGGAGGGUGACCUCAACGAGAUGGAGAUCCAGCUUAGCCAAGCCAACAGACAGGCGGCUGAUGCCCAAAAGCAGCUUAAGAGCAUCCAGUCAUACCUGAAGGAUACCCAGCUGCAGCUGGAUGACUCUACACAUGAGAAUGAAGACCUGAAGGAGAACAUUGCACUUUUGGAGCGCAGGAACAAUCUGUUCCAAGCGGAGCUGGAGGAACUUCGGGGCGUUCUUGAGCAGACAGAGCGUGGCCGCAAGCUGGCCGAACAUGAGCUCACCGAAGCCACAGAGCGCAUGCAGCUCCUGCACUCUCAAAACACCGGCCUCAUCAACCAGAAGAAGAAACAAGAGGCUGAUCUGCUCCAACUGCAGACCGAGGUGGAGGAAGCGGUACAGGAGAACCGCAAUGCUGAAGAGAAGGCCAAGAAGGCCAUUACCGAUGCAGCCAUGAUGGCUGAGGAGCUGAAGAAGGAGCAGGACACUAGCGCCCACCUGGAGCGCAUGAAGAAGAACAUGGAGCAGACCAUUAAGGACCUGCAGCACCGUCUGGAUGAGGCGGAACAAAUCGCAAUGAAGGGUGGGAAGAAGCAGCUCCAAAAGCUGGAGGGACGCAUCAAGGAGUUGGAGAGUGAGCUGGAGGCGGAGCAGAAGAGGGGCACAGAGUCCAUCAAGGGGGUGCGCAAGUACGAGAGGCGCAUCAAGGAGCUCACCUACCAGACGUCGGAGGAUCGCAAGAACAUGGCUCGCAUCCAGGACCUGGUGGACAAGCUGCAGCUGAAGGUGAAGUCCUACAAGCGUGCCUCCGAGGAGGCGGAGGAACAGGCCAACGCCAACCUGGCCAAGUUCCGCAAGCUGCAGCAUGAGCUAGAGGAGGCUGAAGAGCGAGCAGACAUCGCCGAGUCUCAGGUGAACAAACUCCGGGCCAAGACCAGGGACGGGUCCGGCAAGAAGGGCUUGGAUGAGUGA